AAUCCUUAACUAGUGAAAUCGGCUCAUUAAAAGUUUUAAGUCAGGCUGAAUCUGAGAUGAAAUUUGGUCUACCCAUUUUGAUGAGAGAAAUCACAAAAACUCUCAUAAAACUGAGAAGAUUUAGAUAUCUUCAUUUAAAAAGAGAUUCCCAUGUUAUGUCUUAUGAUUUAGCUGAAGUCAAAAAAGUUUUAGAAACUAGUGUGGUUCAUUCACCUGAAUUGUCUGAUGAUGAAUUAGAUGAUAAAAAAUGCGAUAUUAAAGAAGUUAAUGAAGAAGAAAAUAAAGAUAAUGAAGAAAAUGAAGAAAAUGAAGAGAAUGAAAAUGAGGAUAAGGGCGAAAAAGAAGAGGACGAAGAUAAAGAAGAGGAUGAAGAGGAUGAAGAGGAUGAGAAAGAAGAGGAAAAAUAA